AUGCCCGCCCCGGGACCCGCCAUCCCCGGCUGCCCCCCUGGACUCGAGUACCUCACGCAAAUCGACCAAAUACUCGUGCAGCAAAAAGUCGACUACGCGGAAAUGAUCAUCGGAUGGGAAAUGAGCAACAAUUACGUCAUCAAAAACAGCAUGGGGCAGCAGAUAUUCACCGCCAGAGAGGACGAUCGAAACUUCUUCACGAUGCAGUUUUACGGUCCGCUUAGACCUUUCGACAUCCACAUCCACGAUAACUUCGGACGCGAGGUUUUAACUGUAACGCGUCCGGUAAAAUGUGGAUCUUGCUGUUUUCCGUGCUGUCUCCAAGAAGUGGAAAUCCAAAGCCCGCCGGGAUUUCCCAUAGGUUACGUUGUACAGGACUGGCACCCGUUUUUGCCGAAGUUUACGGUUUUAGACGCAGCUCGGAGCGCGCAGUUGAAGAUAAAGGGUCCGUUUUGUGAUUGUAAGUGCUGCUCGGAUGUGGUGUUUGAGGUUUUGUCCCGGGAUGAGGAGGGAGUGGUGGGGCAGAUUUCCAAACAGUGGGGAGGGUUUCUGCAGGAAGGUUUCACCAACGCGGAUAAUUUUGGGAUUUCGUUUCCGAUGGAUUUGGAUGUUAAAGGUAAAGGCGGUGCUGCUCGGAGCGGUGUUCCUCAUAGAUUUUAUGUAUUUUGA